GGAAGGGUUGCACGUGACAAUAGCUACAGGGACUAAGGGUGAUCUACCUCCAAAUAUGAGAUUCCACGAGGAGAAGAGACGGGACUUUGAAUGGACAAUGAAGGCAGGGGCUCUGGAGAUGGUCCUCAAACGCGUUUAUACCUUCCUCAGCUCCUGGGACCGCCUAGAAGAUUUUGAUCAGAUCUUCUGGGGCCAGAAGAGCGCCCUGGCUGAGAAGGUUCACCAGCGCUGGCAGGAUGAUGAGUUUUUUGGUUACCAGUUCCUCAACGGUGCCAAUCCCAUGCUGUUGAGACGCUCCACCUCUCUGCCCUCCCGGCUAGUGCUGCCCACGGGGAUGGAGGAGCUUCGGGCCCAGUUGGAGAAAGAACUUGAGAACAGUUCCCUGUUUGAGGCCGACUUCAUCCUUCUGGAUGGGAUUCCAGCCAACGUGAUCCGAGGAGAGAAGCAGUACCUGGCUGCACCCCUUAUCAUGCUAAAGAUGGAACCCAAUGGGAAGCUGCUACCCAUGGUCAUCCAGAUCCAGCCACCCAACCCCAGCUCCCCAACCCCACCACUGUUCCUGCCCUCAGAUCCUCCACUUGCCUGGCUCCUGGCAAAGUCCUGGGUCCGAAAUUCAGAUUUCCAACUGCACCAGCUCCAAUAUCAUUUGCUGAACACUCAUCUGGUGGCUGAGGUCAUCGCUGUCGCCACCAUGAGGUGCCUCCCAGGGCUACACCCUGUCUUCAAGCUCCUGAUCCCACACAUCCGCUACACCAUGGAAAUCAACACCCGGGCAAGGACCCAGCUCAUCUCAGAAGGUGGUAUAUUUGAUAAGGCAGUGAGCACAGGUGGAGGGGGCCAUGUGCAGCUGGUCCGUCAGGCCAUGGCCCAGCUGACCUACUGUUCCCUCUGUCCUCCUGACGAUCUGGCUGACCGAGGUCUGCUGGGAAUCCCAAGUGCUCUCUAUGCCCACGAUGCUUUGCGGCUCUGGGAGAUCAUUGCCCGGUAUGUGGAGGGGAUCGUCCACCUCUUCUACCACAGGGAUGACACCGUGAGAGGGGACCCUGAGCUGCAGGCCUGGUGUCGGGAGAUCACUGAGGUGGGGCUCUGCCAGGCCCAGGACCGAGGUUUCCCUGUCUCCUUCCAGUCCCAGAAUCAACUCUGCCAUUUCCUUACCAUGUGUGUCUUCACGUGCACUGGCCAGCACGCGGCCAUCAACCAGGGCCAGCUGGACUGGUAUGCCUGGGUCCCUAACGCCCCGUGCACAAUGCGGAUGCCCCCACCCACCACCAAGGAAGAUGUGACAAUGGCCACAGUGAUGGGCUCACUACCUGACGUCCGACAGGCCUGUCUUCAGAUGACCAUCACCUGGCAUCUGGGUCGCCGACAGCCAGACAUGGUGCCUCUGGGGCAUCACAAAGAAAAGUAUUUCUCAAGUCCCAAGGCCAAGGCUGUACUAAACCAAUUCCAAACAGAUCUGGAAAACUUGGAAAAGGAGAUUACAGCCCGGAAUGAGCAACUUGACCUGCCCUAUGAAUAUCUGAAGCCCAGCCACAUAGAGAACAGUGUCACUAUCUGAGCUCUAAGCUACCCCCACCUGGAAGGCUUUCAGCUCAGCUCCAGGACUGACAUUUCCAUCUUGAAUUUCAUGGUUUCCUAAGUCUCUGCUGCUAAGGCUCUAUCUCCUCCCCCAACUAAAUCCCCUACAUCCGUAUCCCACUAGCCCAAGGGGUACAGCAAACCUUUUCUGUAAAGGACCAGAUAAAAAAUAUUUUAGGCUUUGUAGGCCACACAGUCUCUAUCACAACUACGGGUACUCAGCGCUCCCACCGUAGCACAAAAGCAGCCACAAACAAUAUGUAGAAGAAAGUGACUAUGUUCGAAUAAAACUCCUUACAGACAGUGAAA